CUUGGUAGUCAGUCGCAUCAGGGCAGCCGACAGCAGCAGGCAUGGGCAUCGAGACGUACGCAGGGCGCGUCGCGCUGGUGACAGGCGCCAGCUCCGGCAUCGGCGCCGCCAUCACACAGGCGCUGCUCAGACGCGGCCUCACCGUCGUCGGCCUGGCCAGGAGGGUCGACAGGGUCAAGGCACUCGCGCUGAAGGACGCCCCUGGUAAACUGCACGCUAUUCAGGGCGAUGUCGCAGACGAGAGCAGCGUUGUAGCAGCAUUCAAGUGGAUCAAAGAAAACCUGUCCGGCGUCGACAUCUUAAUCAACAACGCUGGCGUGAUCACUGAGGCCGAUCUGACGUCUGGCAAGACGGAAAACUGGAAGCGCAUCCUGGACGUGAACGUGCUGGGUCUGAGCAUCUGCACCAGGGAGGCCGUGCAGGACAUGCUGAGCAGGGGUGUCGACGACGGCUUCGUCAUCCACAUCAGCAGCGUGGUGGGACACGUGCCGCCAGCCAGCAGCUCCGCAGCGAUGUACACGGCGAGCAAGCACGCCGUCAAGACGUUGCUGGAAGGACUGCGGAAGGACCUGGUCGCCAAGAAGAGCAAGAUCCGCGUUGGGGAAGUUUCUCCGGGAGCUGUGAAGACUGAGUUUCUGUCCAACAUGACGUCGAUACCACCCAGUAUUUUCGACACUAUACCCUAUCUGCACUCUGAGGAUGUUGCGGAAGCCGUUGUCUACAUGCUGUCCCAGCACCCACGAGUACAGGUACAUGAUAUCAUUAUCCACCCUACUGGCAGUUCGCUGUGACGACGCUGUGUAUCGUGUCAAACAAACCAGCUGUAAUAUUUUACAUGUAUUUGUACGUAAUAAACGUAACUUAAUUCAACGUUCGAACUAAAAAUUUGUUUCUUUAUUAAUCUCUUACAUCUGUAUUACACUGUAAAAGAUCUUUGUCAAAUAUGUUUUGUGAAACCCGUCUCAUAAAAGUUUUGAUGUUGUACUGUGACACUUUUAAUAUAUCUCUUAAAAAAUUUUAACUGGGACCUAGCUUUUGUAAAACAUUUGUCACAGAAAUUCCACAGUGUAAUACGGGCCUUACUGAAACGCUAUUCUCCAUAUCCAUGUAAUUUAAUUGCAUAUGUAUCUUCAACGAAAUUAUUUUUACUAAUUUUCUUUUUACUAAUUUUCUGAUGUUUUUCGGUCACUGUACGUAUUCAAUCGAAGCACAAGGACUACAAAGUGUCAGAAGAACAGAUAUACGUGUAUUAGCAACAAUGAAAUGGCAGGAAAAAAUCAACAUAAAGUAUUUUGUCACGAUUGCUGAUACGACAUACGUGUAAACUGAAACGUGUAGGUGACGUAUAGGAAGAUGUUUUUGCCAAAUAUCAGCCAGAUAUUGGUAUUUUUUAUGAACAGAAAAGUACUUUUGAGUGCAGUUGUACCAGUGUACUGCUUUAGUUCGUAACAUGUAAUAAAACAAUACCUAAUGAUCGAAAA